AUGGAGAGGAAAAGUAAUAGUGGAGAGUGGGAGAAGAUGAAGAAAGAGAUCAGUGAGUUGAUGACAGAAGGAAGAGACUAUGCUCACGAGCUCAAGUCUCAGCUAGGUUCUUCUUCAUCUCAAGAGUCACGUGAACAUCUUGCCACGAAGAUUCUUGAAUCUUACCACAAGUCUCUCACCAUUAUGAACCACUCCGGCGAACUCGACCAAGUUUCUCCCCUUCCCCACGGGGGUGGAAGCCCCAAGAGCGAUGAUUCCGACCAAGACCAAAUCAUCAAGAGUUCAAAGAAGUCAAUGCCAAGGUGGACUGAAAGAGUCAGAAUUACCCCUGGAGUUGAGAUUGAUCGAACGCUUGAUGAUGGGUUCAGUUGGAGAAAGUACGGCCAAAAGGAUAUCCUCGGAGCUAGGUUUCCCAGGGGCUACUAUAGAUGCACGUAUAGAAAAUCUCAAGGAUGUGAAGCCACCAAACAAGUCCAGAGAUCCAACGAAAAUCAUAUGCUCUUUGAGAUUAUUUACCGCGGAAUACAUUCUUGCUCCCAAGCCGCAAAUGUUCGUUCAGCCAUUCCGGUGCAAGUUCUUGAACCAAACCAGACACAAGAACACGAAAAUCUUGAGAUGUUGAAUGAAAGUCUAGACACUGGUCUUCACAACUACAAUCAUCAAGAACAUUUGCAUCAAACCCUUCAAUAUCCUUUGUCCUCUACCCCAACUCUAGAGAGUAAUAAUAUGAUGCUUCAACUGAGAGAUCAGAACGUUGACUUUUUUGGAUCUACGAGUUUCUCCAGUGAUCUUGGAGCUAAUGUCAACUAUGAUUUUCUGCCUUCUCACAAUGUUGGAUCGGUUACUCACUCCAUAUCAAACUCUCCGCCGGAAUCUCCUUUUGAAUGCUUUGAUCCAAAUAAUCCAUUCAGAGGUUUUGGUGGGUUCGAUUCUUAAUUAAUCACUAAGGGAAAGAGGUCGAAACUUUAUGCAAUCUCUUCAGUAAAGAGAGAUAGUUUAUUCAUAAUUCCUAAUCCUGUUUUUGUUUGCUUAUUAAAUAAGCCUUAUUAUCCAUGUUUUUUUUUACCAAAUGUUGUUUUAACAAUUUCUCUGUUACAAAAUAAAGCUUUG